UCUCCAUUUAGUUGUCGCGCCGAGGGAAAUCAAAUCAGACGAAAAUGCGAGCUUGCGCACUGUUUAGCCUGCUCCUGGUGGUCAGCUGCUCCUUCAUUGUGGCUAGGCCGCAGGACAGCACCACCGCCUCCUCAACCACCACAUCAACCACUCCGAAGCCUGAGGACUCUACCACAACCACAAGCACAACAACAACGACAACGGAAAAGCCCAAGUCGGAGUCCACAUCUGCGAGUACAGCGAGUAGCACCACUCCCAGUACCACUCCUAGCACCACUUCUAGCACCACUUCUAGCACCACUCCCAGCAGCACCACUUCCAGCAGCACCACCACCACCACAAGCACCACCGCAAAGCCUGACGAUGAGGCCGCCAAACUGCUGGAGCAGUGUGCCCAGUUGAGACACCGGAAGAAACGCGGCGGCUCUUCCUCCUCGGAAGAGGACGACAGCGGAGAAAAGAAGGCGGCGAAGAAGGAGCGCAAGCAGUUGAAGAAGCUGUGCAAGCAGUUGAAGAAGCAGCAGGAGCGCAAGCAGGAGAAGGCCCAAAACUCGGCCCUUUCCGAGUUGGCUGAAGCCCUGCGAAGCUACAACCAGAAGCAGAAGAACUGAUCUGUCCAUCUACUAUACCACUCUCACUGUUUUUGUUUUUUUUUUUUGCUUCAAAGUGUGCUC